AGGACCCUUUGCAAAUUUAUUAAAAAUGUUCUUCAAAUGCCUGAAAGAAGGCUGAAACCGUAAGUUCUCAGAGAAGAAAGAGAGAAAUGAUCAUUACAGAGAGCAUGAAAAGAGUUCAAGGCCAUUUCAAUGCAGUAAAUGAGGUCAAUGCUUCACUCAGAUUAGUUCCCUACAAAAACAUGGAAGGGUUCACGACAAAAGAAAACCAUACAUCUGUAAAUACGACAGUUGUGGCAUGGCCUUUACCCAGGUAAAUCAUUGUAAUGAUAAUAUUUCCUGUUAGAAAUAUUUUUUAUUAUUGGACUUCUUUUAAUUAAGCAUUAACCAAUAAUUAAUGAAGUUUUCGUAGGCUUCUAACCUCAUCAGACAUGAAAGAAUACACACAGGAAUAAAGCCUUAUAAGUGAGAUCGCUGUGAUAAGUCCUUUGCUUCCUCUAGUAAUCUGAAGCAACAUAAGGAGAUACAUCAAAGCGAGAAUGAUAGGCAAAGAUUUGUUUGCCCAAUAGAGGAAUGUUCAAAAGUAUACCUAUACUUUAGUUCACUGAAGAAGCAUCUGUCAAAGAACCAUAAUGAGUACUAUCGCUCCACAUUUAAUCAGACAACUAAAACAGAGAUCCAAUUUCUGAAGAGAAUGACAACCCAAAAUGUUGAUGUCGAUGACUCUGAUAACGCAUCAGAAGAAAUGGGCAAAAAUUUAGAAACCUUGCCUCCACCCAGAAGUAAGUUUUUGACAUAGAUUAAGACUCUUUCUCACCAACACCAAAUUUCAGAUUAUUAAAAUUUUCUUCAUUGAAUCUUAUUGAACUCCUUGAAUAUUUAAUGAACUUAGAGAGCUUUCUGAGAAAGAGGAAAGCUAAAUAAUGAAGCACUCAAGAGAUUACAACAGAGUAGCGACCAUAACUCUUCAAGUGAUCUUGCUUCAAAUGAGGAGGAGAAGCAGUCAUGUAGCUCUGAAGAGCAAGUCCAAAGUCAAAAUUCUACUAAAAGAUUCAAGAUUACUGAGGAAGAGGAAGAAUCACUAAAAUCUCAGAAAAGCUGCAAAAACAUCAUUGAUUCUGAAGAACUUAAAGAAAGAAUAGAAAGGCUUCAAAUGUCAAAUCCUGGACUCAAGGAGAACUUCGGGAAACUAGAAAUGAACAUGAGAAAGCUGUCUUCUUCAUCUAAAAAUGAGGAUGCUGAAGGUCCUAUUAAAAAGCAAGCUCCAGGUAUAGCUCAAGAAUCAUUGAUGAAAGAGCAUAAAACUGAAGAUUAUAACUACUCACGUCUCCCUACUUCUGAGUCCUUAGGGGGUAUUCCUCAUGAUUCCUCAAUGCAAGAUCAGAGCCUCCAAGAAUCAUUGGCUCAAUAUUUACUUUUCAGUAUGGCUUCAGAUCAGGUCCCUCAAAAUGCUGCUCCAACUGCCAUUUCUCCACAAGUGGAAAUGUUCUUACAGACUCAAAUCAUGAAGGAUUUAUUCUUGAAUGCUUUUAAAAGAUUUCUUCAAUCCACAAAGGAGACUAUCAGAAGCAACCUGUUUAAUAUUCUUGCCCCUUCAGGGGCUGCUGGAGCUAAUCAGGCUUCUUUGGCCCAAGAUGAUGCUGAAAAGAGGAAGAAAUCAGAUCUCCUUUCUAAUGAAACUAUAGAAUCAGAUAAAAAUCGCUUGAAUUCUUCCUUUCAAAGAGCUGAUGCUCUUCCUCUCUCUCAAAGGAGAAACCUAAACUUUUCAUCUUUCAAGAGAGCUAGUAGCAAGAAUGGCCCAAUGCUCGGGUACCCUCAAAAGCAAGAAGAUUCGGACAGCUGGGACCCUAAAGAAGAGAAAAAGCAAUAGGUUUGCUACUAUUCCUCAUAUGGCUGGCCUCAUAAGCUGCUUCUCAUAAUUUCAUUAUGCCAGUGGCUAUUUCCUACUGAAUAGGCAACUGAAGGUAGGAUCCAUGAGUGCCAAAGUAUCAUGCCAUAUUGAUUUUCUGCAAUCGCAGUUAAAAUCUGUUUCUUAUGAUUCUAGCUCACAUUUUAUUUCUAUUGUU